GAUGAAACCGUGCAAAGUCACGGUGGCAACAUCGUCGGUCUGCUGGUGACCAAACUUUCCUCUCUGAUGGACACCACGCUGUCUCCGGCGGAAGAUAACCGUGUUCAGGCGCUCUGUCGAACAGCUCUGGAGUUGUCGGCGAAGCUUCCGGCCUCCUUCGCAGGUACCGAAGCCAAUUCUGAUGUCAUUCCGGGUCGGGGUGGCCUUCGCAGGCCGUAG